AUGGGAGUAAGGUCUCCAAUGUUGAUAAGACAUCACAAAACUGUUUGUCAAAUUGGAGGUGGCUCUCAUAGAUUGGACGCUGCAUGGGAAGGUAACCCUAUUUCGACCAAAGCUGAUAGUUCUAUUAGGAAAAAAUUAACCCUUGAACCCACACUGGAAAAUGGCUCGGAGGGGGGACCAAAGGAGGUGGCAACGGGCAAGUUUCUGGAGAAGAGCCUUCGGUUAGGGGAUAAGGUCGAGACUUGCAAACGGGAUGAUGAUAGAAUGGAUGGACGAGAACAAUCCAAUCCAGGACCGACUAUCCUCCACCACGAGGGGAACGCUGUCGAGAGGGAUAAGGAGGACUCCAAGUUGGGAACAAGCAAGGCCACAGCAAUAAGCGUUCUCUCAAGAGCGAUUUCUUCAACGGAGAAAUUCAAACGGAAACACCAAACGAAAGAAGUCACAAGCAGUGGAAGAGAGGCGCUUAGUGCCGACCCUCAUCUUGUCGCCACCUAUUUGGCCAUUUCCUCCAUGGCCCUUCGAUCCAUAGGAACAUAUGAACCAGAGAUCCUGGAGCAACGAAAGGGAGGAACAAUGGAUUAUGGAGAUUCCACAGUACCGUCUAGAGGAGGAACCUUUGGAGUUUCACCUUAUGGACCAAAAAUUCACUGCGUUCGAGUUGAGAGUGAACCUACUAAUCCAGCAGUUCCGAAUCUGAGUACGGCCUAUAAGGUUCAAGGGCAGAUCGAGCUUCAUGAACAAAGUGGAGAUGAAUCCUUGGUUCAAUCCCAACUUGAUAAGGGGCUUUGAAAGGGACCCGACACAUCCUUCUAACCAACCAUUCGAUAAUCAUAUCACUAUCAUUAGCAGGAACUGUAGGGGUGCACGGCAUGCGGACUUUGGUAAAACUGUUAGGGAUUUGGCUAGUGUUUAUAACCCUCAUUUGAUGGUUAUCACUGAAACGAGGGCUAGGGGUAUAGAUGUACCUAGGAUUUUAGCGAGCUUACCUUUUGACAGAUGGAUGGAUACUCGCACAAAUGGUUCAAAGGGGGCAUUUGGAUACUUUGGAGGUCCAAGACGAUCGACGUGGAGGAACUUUGCUCUACAGAGCAGGAGAUCCAUGCGUUGGUUAAGACCAUUAUCUCCUAGUUUGAACGUUACAAAGUAAAACACGCAUUUAGGAAGGCAAUCGCUAUGCAAACAUGCUGGCCAGACUUGGAAGCUCUGUUAUUGUUCCUUCUACUGAAUGUAUUUUGCUAUGUUUGUAUUCCUUUCGUCGACAGCUUCCGGACUAUUUAACCCCCCUUCUGCGUAACUGGGUUGAUGUUGUUUCGGGAUACCAAUUUGUGUUGAACUUUUGCAUGCUAUUAUGAUCAAAAAAUAAAAAUAAAAACCACACUUAAAUAA